UUCAUUUUCUUUGUUUUAGGAACAGUCUUAAGGCCAAUUCACUGUUUUUUUCUGGAUUGACUGGAGAUUCUGAAGGCCAAGGCUUUUUCCCUCUUUCCAGUAACGUAUUUAAAUUGAUUUGAAAAUUCCUCCAAAAGACCGCUGAAAAUUCCGCUUCAAAUUCUCAGGGAUUGCAGGAAAAUAAUUUUGUUGACAUUGAAGUUGAGGUGGGUGAAGGUUUUAUUGAACUUGGUGAAAUGAUCACAGAAGCAAAUCAAAAUCUUCCAUUAGAGAUGGAAGUAUUGUCGUCAAGUGUUCAAGAUCCAAUAUUUAACCUGCAUCCCGUAUUGUCGUCAAAUACGCAAGCUCCUAUAUUAAACCUUCAUUAUAAAGAGACACCAUCUGCCCAACAACUAGUGAAUUUUGAAAAAGACCCAAUAGUUGCUUUAUUAGCUUUGGCUGUAAAUUCUGGACAAAACAGAUUUUCCGCGUCAGCUAAGCUUUAUGGGUCUACUCCGGAAGAAGAAAGAUAUUUACUUGAAGUACUGAAACGUGAAGUUGAAGGGAAUUUUGACAUUCGUAAUCGCGGUAGAAUCGUCGAUUGCUGCGGAAUUAGAGCUUUCCAAAUGAACAAAGUGCUCUACCAUCCAGUUCCUGUCGCUGAAUUAGAUUUGUUUAAAUUAAACGAAGAACGUCAAUUGUUGUUUUACGCAAUACCCCACCCAUAUCAGCUAUGUGUUAGCGUAUACCUUUCGAGUUCAGGUAAACUUUAUCAUCUUCAUCCUGAACUGGUAAAAGACGGUAUUGCUUCACUUUGUUCUACUUGCCACCGAAAUAUCAAAAGUAGUAAACCGAAAAUUCCAAAACUCUGUAUCGCUGCUGGUAUUGACUUUGGUCAUCCUGGUCGAUUAGGACUUCCGCAGUUAACUCUCUCAGAAUAACUUCUUAUUUGCCGCAGUCGUCAAUAUGUCUCAAUUUUGAAACUUGUCGGAUAUAAUGCUUCCGAACGACAAAAAGCAAAAAAAGGUUACGUGAUUACGUACCCCCAACCAGAUGGCACUACAAAAUUGGCGGAACUUCAGAGAUUGAAUUCAAAUUUUGAUGGAGGAGAGUAUCCUCGAACGGAAAAUUUCGGUGAAUUUCUCUCGAUUUGUUUUAUCGGUUCUCGACUACAAUUCGACUCUUUAAUUCCAACUUGUUUCGGAGACGUCAAUGAACUGUGCGUCCUAGUCGAUGUUGUCUAUCUUUGGCUUCAUGCUCUUAAACAUCUCAACCCUUUAUAUCGCAAUGCUUCUAUCAUUGAAACAGAAGCAAUGCAUAUGAAGAUGCAAAAUAUUUUGGUAGAAUUAAUCGAAAAUGCUUCAAUAGUUGACACAGAAACUGAAAUCCAAAUUGAUUGUUUGGUUACCCCAGAAGGAUCAUCUGAUAUGCCAACAGAUGAAAUUCAAGAUUCUGAUAAAAAUCCAGACAUGCCAAUGCCCGUUUCUCUCCUAACUCGUAGUAUGCCUGUAACUACGGACCAAACACAAUCUGUUAGGAUAGCUUUAAGGGGUCUUUUAGAAACCUUAGAUACAUCUGCAAACGUUAAUGUUCUAAAUUCGUCCCAUAGAGAACCCCUAAAUUCCGAAAACGUGAAUGAAGAGAUUGACCAACAUAUAAGCCAGAUUCAUAUCGAGAGGGAAGCUUCACCCUUCAAUGAAUUUGAAGAAAAUGACAGGCUGUUUUAUUCAUCGUUUCCAUUUCUCUUCAUUUUGGGCUGUGGGCUUGAAUCAAGUGGAACUGUGUCUUCAUCUUACGUGAGACCCAUGAUGUUUCAAUUUACCAGAAGUUUCUCAUCAUGUAUUCGUCUCAUCUUUGUUCUAUUCGACCAGCUUCAACGUCACGCAGCUUCUCGCGUAAUCGCUUCCAGGAUUAAGUGCAAUUCAAUAUCGUUUGACACUUUUUCCAAGUGGGUUAAUGAUCCAGCAUUUAUUGAUCAGUUGAAAGAAGCAGCAAAAUAUCCUAAAUCAACUUCUUCUUUGAAGUUAUUAAACAAAUUAAACGUACACAUCAAGUCGUGCACUUCAAGAAUUCCAUUCACUUCAAGUCAACGAGCAGCUUCUUUAUCAAACCUAAUUGGAAUGCGUUAAAUGUUUGGACUUCCUAGUAUAUUUUUUACUUACGCUCCAGAUGAUGUAAAUGGCACCUUAAAUAUCAGACUCUCCUUACCUCAGAAAGAUAACAAUAAAUUCCCUGCUGAUGUAA